GCAUUCACUCCCAGUGAUCCCAUGCAUUCUGGUCACUGCACAGCGCUCUUUUCUGUUACUGGACCAGAGCUAAGCCCUGGACUGCUGGCCUGGAAGCUGCAGCGCUGAGGGAGAGAGCAAAGCGUUGUGCAGCUGGGGACUUUGGCACUGCAGAGCCUCCUCCAGUCGUGGGAGCCAUGCUUUGAGCAACGGGACCUGGACCCAUCCAGCCAGAACAGCCACCGAGGAACUAGAGUGACAGUAGGGAGGCCGAUGGUGACUUGGGAAGGGAUCCGGAGCCCGGCAGGCAGGUACCACCGCUCUUCGCUUUCCUGCUGCAGCCCUCACCAUGGAGUCCCCAGUCCAGAUCUUCCGUGGGGAGCCAGGCCCCACCUGCGCCCCGAGUGCUUGCCGACUCCCCAACAGCAGCGCUUCGUUCCCUAACUGGGUAGAAUCAGACAGCAACGGCAGUAUGGGCUCAGAGGAUCAGCAGCUGGAGACUGCACACAUCUCCCCGGCCAUCCCUGUCAUCAUCACCGCUCUCUACUCUGUAGUGUUCGUGGUGGGCUUGGUGGGCAAUUCGCUGGUCAUGUUUGUCAUCAUUCGAUACACGAAGAUGAAGACAGCUACCAACAUCUACAUAUUUAACCUGGCUUUGGCAGAUGCCUUGGUUACUACCACCAUGCCCUUCCAGAGUGCUGUUUACUUGAUGAAUUCUUGGCCUUUUGGAGAUGUUCUGUGCAAAAUUGUUAUUUCCAUAGACUACUACAACAUGUUUACCAGCAUAUUCACCUUGACCAUGAUGAGUGUGGACCGCUACAUCGCUGUGUGUCACCCUGUGAAAGCUUUGGAUUUCCGCACACCUUUAAAAGCAAAGGUCAUCAACAUUUGCAUUUGGCUCUUGUCAUCAUCUGUUGGCAUAUCAGCAAUAGUACUUGGAGGCACCAAAGUUAGAGAAGAUAUGGAUGUCAUUGAGUGCUCCUUGCAGUUUCCUGAUGAUGACUAUUCCUGGUGGGACCUCUUCAUGAAGAUCUGUGUUUUCAUCUUUGCCUUCGUGAUCCCGGUCCUAAUCAUCAUUGUUUGCUACACCCUAAUGAUCCUUCGCCUGAAGAGUGUCCGGCUCCUCUCUGGCUCCCGAGAGAAGGACCGAAAUCUCCGCAGGAUCACCAAGCUGGUGCUGGUAGUGGUGGCAGUCUUCAUCAUCUGUUGGACCCCCAUUCACAUCUUCAUCCUGGUGGAGGCUCUGGGCAGCACCUACCACAGCACAGCUGCCCUCUCCAGCUAUUAUUUCUGUAUUGCCUUGGGUUAUACCAACAGUAGCCUGAAUCCUGUUCUUUAUGCCUUCCUUGAUGAAAACUUCAAGAGGUGUUUUAGGGACUUCUGCUUCCCUAUUAAGAUGCGAAUGGAGCGACAGAGCACCAACAGAGUUAGAAACACAAUUCAGGAUCCUGCUUCCAUAAGGGAUGUGGAUGGGAUGAAUAAGCCAGUAUGACUAGUCAUGGAGAUGUCUUUUUACAGUUCUCUAGGUAGAGAAGAGUUCAAUGAUCUUGGUUUAACCCAGAUUACCACUGCAGUCUGAAAUGGAAAGAUGAGGUAUUCAAUAAUGAAGACAUGUAAUGCUCUAAAUUCUUGAAGUGCAGGGCACAUUAUUGAUCUAGCUAAGUAGGGGCAGCAAGUCUGAAGAACAGAGCACAGAGGUCCUGGCAUCAAUACUCCUCUUUCCUGGGACAAGGAAGCCAGUCUAACUUUAACCCAUUCAUAAACAAAGAUAAUACUCUUCCUUCUGGUUCCCCUGAUUUAGUUCCCCUCCAUCUGUGUGGCCUUCCAAUGCAACAUAGUUCCAAAGUUCCAGAGGGAAAAAAAAAUAAAAGAAAAAGCAAAGCAAAACCAAACCAUUGGAUCCAAAGCUUAGUGGACACCAAACUUACCUGCUAACCCUGGCAGAAGCAACCUCAGUUAGAAUAAGACCAUAUCAAUGCUCAUACCCUGCUGGGUGGACAUGUUUCAUGUGUGAAAAGAAUGCAUCUUAGGAAGAAGUUAGACCCAUGAUGCUGGACAAGUGCAUAGUGGUAGAGAACAUCAUGAUGACAUUUGUGAAUGUGUUUAAAGUUGUGAAUGUUCUCUUCUCAAAAUGGUUAAUGCCUUGAAAACUACAGUUUGCUACUUAAGAUCUCUGGGUUUUAGCAUGCUAUUCAGGCAGGUAAUCUCCUGAGAAAAGAUGUACUGGUGUUAAGAAGUAUGAGGCUUAUAUACCAACAAAGUAUGUGUAGUUUCAUCUGUAAAUAGUAGUCUCUGUAUAAAUAAAGAACAGGCUUCCUGUGCAGUCAGGACAUUUCUCAAGGGUGCAUAAGUGAUACCCCUUGAGGCAUGGAGAAUUAUUGCUAAGAUAUUUUGCCACAAUGUAAGGUUCUCUGGGACUCAGUCAUGGUGUAAUUUUCUCUGGAUUCCUUGAACAUCAUUUACUCUAACACUGCACAUAACUUAGUGUUAAUAAAUCCCCAAACUUUGAAUUCAUUCUAAGAUGGUAGUUUGGUCAAAUCUGCUUUGUGGUAGCAACUGUUUAUAAACACACAACUAUUGCUGAAUUCUCUACUAAAGUAGAGCAAGUUGUUUUGAUUAUGUGAAUCUUCAGAUGUUAUGUUCUGGCCUCCUGCAGGAAGUAGGAUUUCUCCCAAAUGUAUCCUGAAGAAUGAAAUGAGACUUGAGGUGGCUGAGCACAGCUUGCGUGGUCUUGGGUAAGGGUGUACCAGUGGAGGUCACUGUCUGAAAAGUCCAUUUAGAAUACUUUUGCUAAAUCUUCCAAAUGACAUGUUAAUUCCUCCUUCUUUAAAACUUAUGGCCAGAGAUAAUGAUGAUUUUUUGUAAUUUGACUUUAAAGAAGAAGGAAAGGAUAAUUUAGAAAGGACAUCUAUUUCUAAGCUUGUACAUGCUUAGGGCAGCACCCCUUGGAGUCUAAUAGAGCAUCUAAUGUGUGGACCUGGAUACUGUAGUCAGGGUUCCACCUGUGAGUUCUCACCACCAGCUGUUUCACUGCUGCUGCUCCCUCUCUUUCUGGAGACCUCGGCGUGAGUGAAUGUAUGACACACUCUGCAGAGUCACUGCCACUAUGUUUAUCUCCAUCCUGGACUUUUAUGCUACUAAAUUCAAUGAUGACUAGUGACGCUGCAGAGACAUUUCCUAAUGGAAAUGAAGUAUUCUUUGGAGUACUUCUUAAAUUUCACUGAGUAGCUAGAUACUCUGGAAUUCUUUUAUAAUAACAUAAAGAUGGAAUUUAUUAAGAAAAUGUGUUAGUGUAGAUUUAAGCAUGGAGGUUAACAGGGGAAAAGAACAUGAAAAAGGGGGACAGGUGCAUGCCCUAGAGUGAACACAAACUUCUUUGAAAGCUAUACUACUACUACUACUGUUAUUAUUAUUAUUAUUAUUAUUAUUAUUAUUAUUAUUAUUAUUGUGAGUGUGUGCAUUAUGACAUGCAUGCAGAGAUCAGAUGACAAUUUUGCAUAAUUAGUUCUUUCCUUUUUCUUUUACAUGGCUUCUGGGGAUGGAAUGCACAAUAUCAGGCUUACAUUGUCAGGUGUCAUGUUCCUUUACUUGUUAUCUUGCCAGCCUAGGCCAUAGCUUUCUUAAAGAAAGAGUCACCACCCUUGAAUUCCUAUAACUGAAUAUAUAUAUAUAUAUAAGAAUGACUUAAAUAUUGGGUGAAAUUAACUCAAUAGUUAAAAACCUUGGCUGUUAUAGUAAAGAGACAUGUUUGUGAACAAAGCAGUUCCAGGAACAAAAACUACUGAAGUAGGCAAUAGAAAUGCUUCUACAGUGCACAGAGAUGUGGGAGAUGUUGGUACAUCUUGCAAUGGAGUUAUAAUAGUGACUUCUUUAAAUUAACACUCUAUAUGUUCUCCUAAUAUCUCUGCUUUCUGCAUUUCUUGAUCCCAUGGAGGGGAGGUAAGUAGCUUAACUGUCCUUGAGAUGUAUUCUGAGCUUCCCUCUUAAACUGAAAGUGAAAAACAGAUGUCAGCCACUUUGGGGCACUACCUUAAGGAAUGCUGACAAGACUCACACAGGAAGAAAAGUAUCAGUUACAUAUGUGAGUUUUAUUGUUUAAAUACAGACAUGUGCAUAUAUGUAUAUAUAUAUAUAUGUAUACACAUACACACACACA